AAUAUCAUCUGUUAUGUUGUUGGUUGUGGAAUAGGACGAGUUUUUUAAUCUUGCAAAUCAGUCAUGGACAAACAACAUCUAGUGCCAGGGGAUCCUAUAUUGAUUGAAAACAUUGUUAAUUAUUUAAAAGCGAAAGGUAUAUUUGAUGAAUUUCGUCACGAAUGCCUUGCUGAUGUAGAUACAAAGUCAUCAUGUCAAAACUUGAGUCAGAGGGUGGAUGGAUACACCACUAAAUUUCUUUCUGGCGAGAAAUGGCAUCCAGAUCUAAACAAAAAUGAAUUAAGGAAUAAAUUGCGUCGGCAUAUUGAUGAAUCUGGAAUGUUAGCUGGUGGAGCAGAUCAUGUUGUGGAACAAGUGAUUAACCCCAAAAUUAAUCAGUUAUUUCUGCCAAGAAUCAUUGAAGUUGUUCAUCAAUAUUUAAACGAAGAAAAUGAAAAACUAAAUAAAAGGAAAGAAAAUUCUAAUGAUAAUAUAAGUUUUGAAAAACUAUCAGCAGAAAAUACUGACGGAACAAACAAAACCAAAAGCACAAAGCUUGAUCCAGUUGCAGACAUACUCUCUUUUAGCUAUUCAAAACCUAAAUCUAAUCCACCACAAAAUGUUCAGACAAAAGUCUUAGAUUCAACAAAAGCAGAAAGAAAAAAAGAUGAAAAUGUACAACAAAUAAAACUGUCUGAUGCAUUACCUAAAACAGAAAAGAAAAAAGAAGAAUUGAUCAAUCCUAUUAAAGUUUCUGAGGUCAUUUCAAAGGCAAAGAAAGAAGAUGCCAUUUCAGAUAUAAUACAAAACAUAGAAAAAGAUAAGGAAGAAAUCAUUUCCAUUAAAACAGAAUCUGUUGAACCUGUUAAUGAAUUAUCAUCCCCAAUAUCUGGAUCACAAAUAAAACUUCAAAGUGAUUCUAAGGAGAUAAUUAAAAUUAAAAAAGAUAUUAAAACUGAAGAUUUGGAAGUUCCUUCUGAUAUAAUGAAGAAGACACAAAAAGAGGAUAUAAAGAUUGAGAAAAAGAAAAGUGAAUUGGAGAAAAGGAAGGAAGAUUCAGAAAAGAGGAAAGAUGAUUUUAAACCAAAUAAUGAUUCAAGUUCUCAUUCUGAAGAAGGCAGUCAAAAUAAAGUAGUGCCAUCUGCACCAAAAUGUAGUAAUGUUUUAAAAACCAAAUCUGAAGCGGAGAAAAAUAAAAAAGUCAAACUUCAUAACUCUUCCAAAACUUUAGGCGAGUCUCAAAAGGCCAAAUCAAAGGAUUCUGAUAAAUUUUCAGGUAAAUCAUCUGACAAACAUAAGACAUUCUCAAAAGUAUCAAAAGAUCAUCCAUCUCCACUCAAAAAUAGCAUAACUUCAAAAUCGUCCAAAAGUGACAAAACAGAAGACAGUAAUAAAAAUAAAUCUAAAGAUGGUCACUCAAAGUCUUCUGAUAAUUCUGUGUCAAAGCCUUCUUCUUCUAAAUCAUCUAUUAAGAAAGAAAGUAGUUCUAUGAAAUUGAAACCUUCUGAGAAAACAAAAACAUCCAAAUCUUUAGACUUGAAAUCUAAAAUUAAAAUUCAGAAUGAAUCAUCUGAGAAGACUAGUAAGAAUAACCUUCAUUAUUCUUCAUAUGAUUCAUCACAGGGUAGUGACCAGGAUAAAAGCUUCACUCCAAGUUCUCAUCAUAAGGAAAAACAUAAGCAUUUUAGUAAACAUCACAAGAAAGAAAGUGACAAUAAAAAAUCAAGUGAGAAAGUAGAGAAAACUCCUGACAAAAAACGAUUCCAGUCAGAUUCUGAUUCAGGUACUCCAAUAAAACAUAAGUAUAUGAAGCAUGUUUCUGAAAAAGAAAAGAAGAAAUCCAUGAGUAUUCAGGAAUCUGCAAAAAUUAGUUCUCGAUCAAAUAGCUUUGGUUCAACAUCCUCGGUGAGUGAUUCUCCAUCUUCUUCCAAAGAAACAUCAGUUAGUACUUCUGAAGAAACCAGUGACAACUCUUUAAAAUCCUCUGAAGUAAAGAAGAAGCAAGGAAAUAAAGAUAAUGAACGUUGCAAACGAACUGAAGACUUCUCACCCCCUCCACCCCCUCCUCCUUCUUCUGGCAUCUCAGCUCCAUCAUCUGCUGAAGUUUCAUCUAUGGAUGAAACUCAGUCAUCCCAAGAAAGUGAAUCAGACAGCAAACUCAGUGAAGAUGAAUCGAGUAGUGAGUCAGAUGUGGAGAACUUGUAUAGCUCCAACUCUUUAAAGAAUUCUAAUUUACAAAGCAGACUGAAAACUCCUGAAAUUUUGAAUGAUGUUUAUGAUGUAUUUCUGUAUUCAUCUUCAUCAUCUGAAUUUGAGGGAUAUUCUUCAACUGCUGAAAAAGACCAAACUAGUAUAAAACAAAUAGAUGAUAUUGACGUGAGUUCAGUUCAUACUAGUGAUUUAUCAUCAUUUGAUGAUCUUCUUAGUGAAUCUGAAUAUUCAGAUAUUGAUGAAGACAGACCUGCUAGGAGGUUAACUAUUAAAGAAGCUGAAAAACUUUUGGAAGAAAAGGCUAGACAAAGACGCCUUGAAAGAUCAAAGAACGUGAGGACUUUAGGAGGUUCUUUGGAUGAUAAAAAGUCAAAUACCAGCCCACAAGCCUUUCCUUCUUCGUUACUUUUUGAAGAUGAAUUAUCUCCUGUUCCUGAACCAAAAAGAGAAUCCAGAAGGGAACGCAAAUUGAAUCCAAAAUAUGCUUCUAGUGAAUAUGCAUCUAUAUUUAAUUCAAAGAAAACUUCCUUUAUUACCAAGCACAUGAAUCCAAAUGAAGAUAAAUCAGAAAAUGUUUCACCUACUGUAAGUGAAACCGGCAUUCAAUGUCAGAAAGACAUAUCACCAUCGAAAAGAAGAAUUUCCAUGGGUAAUUUAGAAGCAAAUCAGCUUUCUGCUUCUGCAACUCUUCAAACCUUUGAAUUCUCUGACAAAGCUAAGAGAAAAUUAUCCUUCGAAUCAGCAGAGGAUAAUUCAUGGACUACUGAAACCAAAACUUACUUGAAUUCUCAUGAGAGAAAUCACAAUAUGAUAUUGGAGGAUAUUGAAUCUCAUGGCUCUAUAGCAUUGAAAAUAAAGAAAUCAUUGGUUAAAAAUGACAACGAAAUCAAUAAAGAGCCGCGUCCUCAAGGCCUUAAAAGAAAAUUUGAUAGGAUUGAAAAAGAUGAUGCUAAGAAACUUUGUCGCCGAAACUCUGAUAAUUCGAGUAGUUCAGAAAGUGUGCCAAAUGAGAAUAAUCCUUUUAAUGUUAAAAAAAAUAAUCCAUCUUCUGUUUUUAAUAUGGAACUUAAGAAUAAUGAUUUCUUUCAUAAACAGAAACUGAGCAAUAAUGGAGUUGUUUUGAAAAUGGAACAUGUUAAGAAGAAGUCACAUCCUAAACCAAAUCAUGUGAUUGAAAAGCAAAAUACCGAUUAAACUUUUAUUUUAUAUAUUAUAUUCAUAUUGAAUUUUUGAAAUAUUUUUGAUUUCAUAAUGUUGUAUUUCAAAUAUCAAUUUGUACAGUAAAUUAUAUGUAUAUGAAAUGAAUUCUUAUAAUUUGUAGAAAUUUUAAAAUUAUGUAGAUGUAAAUUUUUUUUAUAUAUAUUUAUUUUUUCAAACUAAUUUAUGUAAUCAUUUCUGUUAACUUCUGAAGUUUCUGAUCACAAUGUGUCUUGAAAUGGAAAUUUUUUUUUAUCGGAUUUAUAUGUAGUGUUAUAUUAUAAUUUUUUUCAUGUUUAAGGGAGUUAAGAAAUUUGGAAUUGUUAAAAGAAAUAUAAAUUUUGAUCAUAAAGUUUAAUUUUCUAGUUAUCAAAUAAUUGUAUUUUGAUUCUGUCCUCAAAUCCUCACCUUCUGAAAAAGAAGCCCAUUAAUUAUUUUCAUAUUAUUUCAUUAAAAUAAACUAUUUUAAAAAUCGGUCAGUAGAAUCAUGAAAUAGAUUUUUAUAUAUCAGAAUUAAAAAUUAUGCUAAUUAGACUGAUGGCAUGCUUUUUAUUUCUUACUUCUAUUGUAAUUAAAAAAAUUAA